CUCUAGUUAUUUUCAUUAACCACUUUCAUUUUGCUCGAACAUUGAGAGACAGAAAACAGAGACUGAAAGAUGAUUAAUAAGAGAGGCUACCCUAGAAGGUGAAUCUGCAUGUAAGAGACUGACAGAUGGUUAACAAGAGAGGCAAUUAUCCUCAUUCCCGAAAUUCGUUGGCUACUAAGCUCUUCCCAAGAAAACUAACUCUAUACUCGAUCACAGUUUACGCAAUCCUUCUCUUUGCCUUUUCAAUCUUCAUAUUUAUCUUCUGCGGUAAAGACAUUUUCCAACAUGAGCAGAUGAAACCUCUAUCUUCUGAAGGGUCUCAAUCUCAACAGCUGCCGGAUAGCAAACUUUGGGGUGCUCCUCAUCAUUACGGUUUACGGCCAUGUGUCAAACCUACCGCUAAAUAUAAAGCCACUCAAGGAUGGGAUCGCUAUAUGACUGUGAGGAGUAAUGGGGGACUGAAUCAGAUGCGUACUGGUAUAUCUGAUAUGGUGGCUGUGGCACGCAUAAUGAAUGCAACCUUAGUAAUUCCUCAACUGGAUAAGCGCUCAUUCUGGCAAGAUUCAAGUACCUUUUCAGAUGUAUUUGAUGAACUUCAUUUCACCACAAGCUUACAAGGAGAUGUGAGGAUUGUGAAAGAGCUUCCUAAGGAAUUAGAACAUGUUCCUCGUGCAAGGAAGCAUUUCACUUCUUGGUCUGGUAUGAGCUACUAUGAGGAGUUGACGCAUUUAUGGAAGGACUAUCAGGUGGUUCAUGUUGUAAAAUCAGAUUCCAGACUUGCAAAUAAUGAUCUACCUGUUGAUAUCCAAAGGUUGAGGUGUCGUGCUCUGUAUUAUGCUCUCCGCUUCUCUCCUUCUAUUGACAAUCUUGGGAAGAAGCUGGUGGAGCGGCUGAGAUCCCGUGGGGGAAGAUACAUUGCUCUUCAUCUGAGAUAUGAGAAAGACAUGUUAUCUUUCACUGGCUGUACUCAUGGUCUUACUGACGCGGAAUCUGAAGAGCUAAGAAUAAUGAGGGAGAACACAAACCACUGGAAGAUGAAGAAGAUAAAUUCAACAGAACAGAGGAAAGGAGGCUUUUGUCCAUUAACCCCCGAAGAGGUGGGAAUAUUUCUUCAAGCUCUCGGUUACCCUCCAUCAACAUUGAUUUAUAUUGCUGCUGGGGAAAUUUAUGGUGGUCACAUUCACUUAUUGGACCUCACAUCUCGCUUCCCAAACGUUGUUUUCAAGGAAACGGUUGCAUCCCAAGAUGAGCUGAAAGCAUUUUCCAAUCAUGCAUCACAAACUGCAGCACUUGAUUACAUCAUCUCUGUAGAGAGUGAUGUAUUCAUUCCAUCUUAUUCAGGUAAUAUGGCAAGAGCUGUUGAGGGACACCGCAGAUUCUUAGGCCACCGGAAGACCAUCACUCCUGACAGGAAGGGUCUUGUUGAAGUGUUUGAUAAGAUGGAAGCUGGACAGCUUGAAGAAGGAACAUUGGUGUCUUAUCUUGUGAUGCAAUUGCACAAGAACAGGCAAGGAGCACCAAGGAAAAGAGAAGGUCCCCUUCAAGGAUUCAAAGGCCGAGCACGGUUCAGGACUGAAGAAUCUUUUUACCAAAAUCCAUACCCGGAAUGUAUAUGUCAUUCAAAAAGCACAUUAUGAUAUUAAAGAGUCACUGCGUCAUCCAGCAUUUGAAGACUCAGUUAUUAUUAUUAUUGUUACUUAACUCUUUUUUUUAAAAAAAAGAGAGUGAGUGUGAUAUACACAUCACAAGCCAGUGCAGGUGAAAUCCUUUGUUUUUUAUUCUUGCUUUAGGGUCUUGUAAUUUUCUAAUACUAAUUUUUCUUGCCUUAAUAGUUUUGUAACUCGUAUCAGUGGACGAUUUUGUUUGUAGAUGAAUUUACUCGUGGAAGUCUGUAAUACCCAAAUAAGAGCUUAUGCAUUUUAAAUUUUUUAUUGAGAAAAUAUUCGAUGGAUAUGUGGUUAAAUGAUCAGUAUUCGACGGAUUUAAACA